UCGCAGCUCCCUUUGUCUGUUUGCUCAGCUUUUGCGCAAAGGAAAUCAAAAAUACCCCGAGUGCAGAAGCUCAGCUUCAGUGCUAAAAAACUAAAUCUAAAAAGAAAACUGCAUUAUAUUUCGCAGGAAGCCAGGGCAAAGGGGGCGCACAUUGUAAUCAAUGAGACGUUUUUGGAAAAUUCUGGACGAAUUGUGCCUUCCCCGUUUUUUGGACUCGACUUUUGAAGUUGUUUGCGCCAAGAGAUGACCAUGCGUCUUCAGGGGUCUUUGUUAUCUUAUCCGCAAAUGAAGAUGCUUCUGACUUAUGUUCUUCACUACUGAAGAGAAUGUCUGGAACUACAAUCACCAAGUGCCAAAGAAAAGUUUGUGCCUGUGGACUACAAAGUUUUGUUUUUACUUUCACAACUUCUAAAACUAAGGGCCAGAACCAAGAUGCCACGCUCCUAAGUGGGAAAUGGAUGUUUUUGUCCUCGAGUUAGGUGACUUUCCAAGUGUCCUCAACAACAGUGUUCUUUCUCUGAGGUGUGUCUCCAAAAAACAAGACUGUUUGCAUUUGGACAUGCUUAGAUCAGUGAAGUUUUGAGGUGAUAUUGCAGGCUUCUAACUAUUAGGGAAUUCAAUGCUCUACGAGAAGAGGAUGAAUUGUUGGUCAGCCAUUUUGGUGCUCGAAAGCUUGCGGUCAACAGCAAAAGUCUGGAGUACAAAGAAGGCCUGGAUGUUGAUUUCCUAACAUCUCUAAGCAUGACGUGAAUGGUAACAGGACAGUGCCACCAUUCCCAGAGGGAUUGCAGAUGGUCUUAUUCGGUAUGGGCUGUUUCUGGGGAGCGGAGAGGAAGUUUUGGAAGGAAAAAGGGGUCUAUUCCACCCAAGUAGGCUACUCUGGUGGUUACACCCCAAACCCCACCUAUGAAGAGGUGUGCACAGGUAAAACAGGACAUGCAGAGGUGGUUCGCGUGGUCUAUGAGCCUGAGAAAAUCAACUUUGCGCGGUUGCUCAAAGUAUUUUGGGAAAGCCACGAUCCUACACAAGGAAUGCGCCAGGGCAAUGAUGUUGGAACGACCUAUCGAUCAACCAUCUACGUGUACACGCAGGAACAGCUUGACCAGGCAAAGCACUCCAAGGACGAAUAUCAGAAGUCAAACGAACUGACGUGUCGCAUGUGGUCAGCGUUGACAUCAUCCAUCACGGUGUCCCUCAGAGUGAUGCUAAAGGUGCUGACUAAAGAGGGUUUUGGAGCCAUCACCACAGAAAUAGCAAUGAAUAAGGAGUUCUACUAUGCAGAAGACUAUCACCAGCAGUACCUUAGCAAGAACCCCAACGGCUACUGUGGACUAGGCGGCACCGGGGUCUCCUGCCCAAUAGGGCUGAAGAAUAAAAAUUAACAUGCCUGUACUAUUCUGUGAUUGAACAAAUAUAUAUUAUCUUAACUGAAGGAAUCACCACUGCAAUACCCAAAUGGUUGGAUAUAAAUAAAAAUUGUAUAACUGCUUUAUAA